GAUGUGAUUAACAUUAUGAAUCAGUGUAGAUCAGUAGUUCAGUUCUUCAGAUGUAAAAGAUGUGUUUCCAUUAGUUUGAAGUUGUGUCAGUGGUUCACUUAUACAGCAGGGUCACCACUGGAACUAUGGACAGCCGUUCACAAGAAUUUGUUAUGGUCACAUGACUUAUGAUCAAAACAUCAAGCAGCUGCAACAUCACAACACAUCACUUAGCAAGCCAGCUAACCGGACUCACUGGUCCAACAGGAAGAAGUCCGGCUCAGCGUCUGUCUGUGCAGCCUAUCAUUUCAUCAAAAUGUGCUCAUACUGCAAACACACAUGGGCUGUGACUAAUCACUGGAAAACAGUCAGUCACAGACUGUGAUUUCCCAAACUGAACAAACUGCUCACAUAUAAACACUAAACUGUCCUGCCAGCUCAGUCUGCUUGGAAGUUACCUGCUGAAAAGCAGAACUUCUUUAGUGUCUCAGCAGCACGGCUGAUGGACGACACCAGAACGUCCAGGAACAUCAAGGCUCAACUGAGUUUCUGUGGGAUCCAAACAUUUCAGGAAGUCCUCAGUUUUGUCCGCAUGUCAAAAUGAACUGAAAAACAACAUGUUGACAGCAAACUGUCACAAGCUGUUUGCUCUCCAGCUGAUCUCACACACACCUGAGUUAACAGGCCAUCCAGCAGCAACCUGACAACAUCAGCCAUCAGAUUUAUUAGAGAAAGUUGAUUUAACACAAACUAACUCAUUUAUGAGCAGACUGGAGAGUCCACACUGUAGACUGGAGACUCUGAGACUGAGAGGCUGCAGUUUGUCAGAGAUCAGCUGUGCUCCUCUGGUCUCAGCUCUGAAGUCCAACCCCUCCCAUCUGAGACACCUGGACCUGAGCCACAACAACCUGCAGGACUCAGGAGUGAUGCUGCUGUCUGCUGGACUGGAGAGUCCACACUGUAGACUGGAGACUCUGAGACUGACUUCCUGCAGUCUGUCAGAGAUCAGCUGUGCUUCUGUGGCCUCAGCUCUGAAGUCCAACCCCUCCCAUCUGAGAGAGCUGGACCUGAGUGACAACAACCUGCAGGACUUAGGAGUGAAGCUGCUGUCUGCUGGACUGGAGAGUCCACACUGUAGACUGGAGACUCUGAGACUGAGAGGCUGCAGUCUGUCAGAGAUCAGCUGUGCUCCUCUGGCCUCAGCUCUGAAGUCCAACCCCUCCCAUCUGAGAGAGCUGGAGCUGAGUCACAAUAACCUGCAGGACUCAGGAGUGAAGCUGCUGUCUGCUGGACUGGAGAGUCCACACUGUAGACUGGAGACUCUGGGACUGAGCUGGUGCAGUCUGUCAGAGAUCAGCUGUGCUCCUCUGGCCUCAGCCCUGAAGUCCAACCCCUCCCAUCUGAGACUCCUGGACCUGAGCGGUAACAACCUGCAGGACUCAGGAGUGAAGCUGCUGCGUGAACUGGAGCAGAGUCCACACUGUAGACUGGAGACUCUGAGGUCAGUACAGGGUUGGAGUCGGUUCCUGCUGGUUUCAGCCAUCUUGUACUAAACACAUUUAGUAUGACAGCAAAGAUCUUGUGUUUCCUGAUGACGGGCUUCAGGACUGGACAGACAGAUAGACAACAGUCAGCCAAUCAGAUGAGCCACAAGCUUGUGUGAUCAUGUGACUGAGUUGAUGUGAAGACGACUGUUGUUGUUGUGUUUGUCUGUACAGGAAGUAAAGCUGGACUACAGCUGACAGCAGUAGAAGACAUACUGAGAUGUCAGACUGUCCUCCCAUCAGAUCUGAUCUCAGUGUUUGUUCAACAGUAAAGAAUUGAUCAGUUCAUCUUUUGUCACAGUUCUGAGAUCAGUCAGACUGAAGCCUGCAAAUCCCUGGCUCUUAUUUCAGAGAACCCUGGUUACCUUUAGUAACCAUGUGGUCUGUUUGCAGAGCAGAACCUCUGCUGAAGUCCACCGAUCACAGCUGAUGAUUUGCUGGACAUGUAGGACCUUAAACAUCAUCAGUAUGUCUGUCCAUUUGUCUUUUGUUUUGUCCACAUGUUUUAUCACACAUUCCAUGUUUACGGUGUUGUCAGUUCAAAACUAGAUGAAAUAAAGUUUCUAUGGUGAUGAUGCAUUCAGGGACUCUCAGCAGUUUAUUUCCACUGUGUCCUGCAGUAAAAGCUGCAGGGUCAACAGACUUGAUGUCCAAAGUGUCUGUCAGGUGUGUGAGCUUCAGCUCAGUGUGUUCACUGCAGAAGCUGAAGGGAAGCUGCUCCACUUGUGGUGUGAACAGGACUGAAGUCCCUGCUGGUCUUCAUACUGGAUGUGUUGCAUCACUGACUGACAGCUGAUGGACGGAGUCUCUGUGGACACUGAAUGAUGACGUCUCUUGUCUC